AUGGAUUACACCCUUCGCGGAGCCACCGAAAACGAUUAUGCACGAGCGUUUAAACACAAUAAUGUACGCGUGAACAAUGGAACGAUCCAGCUAACGGUCAAAAAUGAAGGUGGCAAACACUCUUCUGGAUCAUUUGCCACUCGAAGAGAUGACUUUUUAUAUGGAACGUAUCGCGCUUACAUGAAAACCUCCAACAUAUCGGGAACGGUGGCAGCUUUCUUCUUUUACCGAAAUAGAACCGCUGAAAUCGAUAUUGAAACCCUUAGCCGGCUACAGAAUCCAUGGAAGACCUAUCUAGCUGUCCAGCCUCAACUUUAUAACAAGGAUGGCUCCGCUGCUCCAGAAACCAGUGACAAGCAUAUUCUCGCAUUCAAUCCGACGACGGAUUUCCAUGAAUACCGCUUCGACUGGUUGCCAGGUUCUGUCACCUUUUAUGUGGACGGCCAUGUUCUCAAUACCAUGACCACUAAUGUCCCCGAUUCAGCUGGUCGCAUCAUUGUCAGUCAUUGGACCGAUGGCAAUCCGAACUUCAGUGGCGGACCACCAAGUGAAGAUGCUCAGCUAACCAUUGCCAACAUGACAAUGUUUUUCAACUCUUCACGAGCCACCAAUAUUCUUUCCUGUGAAAAAGCCCAGAAUGCAUGCAAAAUGAUCCCUGGUUCAGACUUCUCUUCCAAGCAUCACCAUUCCGAUGCACCGCGCAUAUCAGUACCUUUCAUGACUAUCCUCUUAUUACUUCUUGUCGCGUGCAUCUAA